AGUGUGUUUGUAUUGACUUCUUCCACUGAUCGUUUAUUAUCUGUCUGCGCAUUGGUCGUCGAAAUCAUUCACUCGCGAGAACGCAGUAUAAUAUGCUUAGUUGGAUCUGUAACUAGAUUAAAUCAACGGAUAGUUGUGAAUUGAAAUGACUGACAUCGAAAAUGAUCGAAGUCGUUGGUUCCAGCAGUUGAGAACGUACAUAACCGUCGAACCAGUUGUGAUAUUCUUCAUACUCGGUGUUGUAUCGUCCACCGGUUUGAAAGUGUUCGAAUACGAAAAAGCAUGUGCUACUAAACUGAACGUUGAUCUUCGUAUUUGUGAAUCUUUCGCCGAACUUGAAGAUAACAACAUUUGUGAAAACUUGGAGAGUUCAAUUAGCACAUCAGAAUUGUCGUACACCAAAGAAGAUUUGCAUCAUGAAAAUUACAACACAAAAAAUGAUACCCAAAAGCUGGAAUUUAAUCAAGCGGUUUGUUCCGCCAAAACUGCUGCUACGAAUGAGGUAGCUUUCCUGAACUCGUAUCGCAGCAUCAUCACCGGAAUAGUACAAGCAAUAGUACUUAUCUUUGCAGGAAGCUGGAGUGACCGGGUAGAACUAAGAAAACCAUGUCUGCUGAUUCCUGUGGCAGCUGAUAUCAUCAGUUUUUGUGUUCUCAUUAUGUGUGCAAUUUUUAUGCGAGAAAUACCGCUAGAAGUUACCGGCAUCCUACCAAAUCUGAUAACAUCUUUCGGUGGAGGUGCCCCAUUAGCAGUGACAGGAAUCUACAGCUACCUGACCGUUUGCACAAACGAGAAAGAUCGCACAUUCCGAUUCGCCUGUGCCGCAGUAGUGAUUGCGAUUGUACCCAUCGUAGCCAACUUUUUCAGCGGAUUUCUGUACAAAUUGCUAGGUUUUGUCAAACUUUGCAUGAUGUGUAUCUUGUCAGAUUUAAUAGGAUUGCUGUAUGGACUGUUCAUCCUGAAAGAACCCGUCAAGGUUGUGCCCUCUACGGAAGCUGCAGACGACAGUAAAAACAAAACACACAUCCAGCCAGAUUCGAACUAUUCCAAAUCACUGGGUAAACUGUUUGAUCUAACAUUGAUAGUCGAUUGCUUUAGAAUGGUCACAAGGAAACGCAAUUUCAAUCUCCGAACCAUAUUGGUUUUCACACUGGUAGUAUAUUUCAUAAAUCACGGCGCUUUCGGUGAUUUCGAAACCGCUGCCAUUUUGGCGUAUUUGAAGUUCAACUGGAUUACACAUCUCGGCACGUGGAUUUCGUACGAUUUGCUGACCACUCUGCUGGGUACUUUGCUGGCGAUGGGGGUGCUGAGUAAGCGGUACGGUGUUCCUGAUUUUCUCAUCUGUGUGUUUUCGGUGUGCUUCACUCUGAUCGCAAAACCAAUUAUGGCGUAUGCAGUGAGUGCAGUAAAACCCUACCUGUACUAUGUGGCAACGUCGAUCGAUGUGUUCGAGGGAAGCAAAACGGUGGCCAUUCGCAGUAUCGUCUCAAAGCUGGUGGAGCAGGACGAAAUCGGAAAAAUGCUAGCCCUCAUGGGAAUUGUCGAUUCCGCCCAGGUGGUGAUAUUUCCAACACUCUACAGUGCAGUGUAUCUGAAGAGUCAGGCGUUUUUCAUUGGCACUGUGUUUCUGGUGAGCGAAGCAUUCCUUCUGCUUUCGCUAGGAUUUUAUCUGUACCUAUACUUGUUAUACAAGAGAUCUGAAAGAUUAAAGACAACCCUCACAAAAGAAGGUGUGGAUAACCCUGCAGUAGAAAUAACAUCAUUGUAA